UUCUCUUCAGUUCCUUCGACGCAUUUGAAGAUCAAGUUCUUUCAAUAAUCGUAUUCAAAAUGAAUUACUUCGCAGUCAUUUUCGCAGCUAUCGCAAUCGUUCUGGCGACUGUAAACUGUACACCGUAUGGAUAUGGUUAUCCCCAAAGUAAUCCAAAUGAAUAUCAUCCAGUUUGUGGAAAUGAUGGCGUUACAUAUCAAAAUGAUUUUUGGUUCAGGAAAGCAGCCAAUUACCGACAAGGCUUAGGAAUGAAACAUGACGGCGAAUGUGAUCGAAGUGACGUCCCUUUUUGCGAUUGUAGUGGAGGAGAAGUGGUUUGUGGAUCUGAUGGUGUCACAUAUACCAAUUAUUGUACAGUAUAUAAAUGCGCACAAAACUAUGGCAGCCACUUGGUUGUAGAACACGAAGGAAACUGUAACGGUUAUUGAGCGCUGGUUUAUCAACCACUUUUUAAAACGAUCUUGGUGAAAGGCGGUCACAAUUAUUCAAUUGGGUCACAUAAUGGGAUAAUGGAAGUUUUACCAUAAGAAAUUUAUAUUUGUAUUGAUCGUUUUUAAUUUGAUGUCAAACAUUGAUUAUUAUUUCAAUAAACAAUGGUUUCAUUUGAA